AUGCAUCUUAUCCUUACUGGUGCUACUGGCCUAGUUGGUGCCGCAGUGCUCGACAACAUGCUUGCGCAACAGUCGAUAAGUCGUAUCUCUAUACUCAGUCGACGUCCAGUUGCGAUGGCAGAAGGACACGACAAGGCCAAAGUGAUCAUACACAACGAUUUUGGAGUUUACAGCGAAACGCUGCUGGAUGAGUUGCGCGACGCAAAAGGAUGUGUAUGGGCACUGGGUGUCAGCCAGAACGACGUCGACAAGGAGAAAUAUAUCGAGAUAACGCAUAAUUAUACACUUGAGGCUGCCAAGGCUUUCUCGACUUUGCACCCAGACUCACCUUUCACCUUUGUGUACGUCUCUGGCGAAGGCGCGACUCAAUCACCAGGGAUGUUCACUCCGUUGUUCGGACGUGUGAAAGGGCAGAUAGAAUCAGCACUGCUCCAACUACACAAGGAUCGCCCUCAGUUCAAAGCUUACAAUAUACGCCCUGCAGCUGUUGAUUGGAGAGAACAUACUGAAAUCCAUGAUUUCAUUCCCAAGCAACCAUAUACCAAGAACGUAUUGUUUUCUGCUAUCAACGCUGUAUCCAAGAGUUGGAUGACGCCUACAAAACCUAUGGGCAAGAUUAUGACCGAACUUGCGAUGUCGUCUGGCGCUCCUAUGCAUGACAGCGACAUGGGAAUGGAGGGACGACUUAUAUCCAAUAUAGCUUUCAGGAGAAUGGCUGGUCUUUAG